CAGCCCUCAAGCUAGUGGCCUGUGCUGAGGUGUCCUUUCCGCCCUCCCAGAAGCAGCGCCCUGCAUUUUGCGCCACCCUUCUUGGGUGCCUGCAAUGGAAGUGGUUGGCACGGAGCGUGUCUUCCCUCACCUUGACUUGCGCGCCUUCACCCAUGAUGAGCUCCUCCUUGCUGCUCAAUUGACUGCCCCCGGCAACACGGCUUCCUGGACUUGGCCCCCCCCUCCGCCUCCUGCGGCAGGGUUCGUGCUUUCCGCUUCCAGCUUAAAGCAAACGUGCACUCAGGCGGCUGAUGUAGCGAGUGACGGAGACGCUAACCUUGUCUUCGACAACGACGUCCCUUUGCCUGGCGCAAAAAGGGGGAGGAUGUCUGGGGGUAUGGCGGACCCCCUGGCGAUGUUAGCGGAUGCGAGUCUUCACGUGACCACGGACGAGGGGGGGGGUCUGCGAAGGAACAUGGGGAGCGCUGCUGACCUCCUGGGAGAGAGCCUGCUUAUGCUGAGUCAGCGUGUGGAGCUCGCCCCCCCGGUUAAGAAGACAAAAACUGCGCCGAAUACCCCUGCGCUGUCCCAGGAGGAGCGUCUCAUCGCAUCUCUGCAUAACACAUUGGCGAAGGACCGACACCACGGGGGGGAAGCGUCUGAGAGCUUGUCGGACGGGUGGAAACCGGACGCUGAGGUCGACUUCCGGAAACCAAAGGGGGGGAAGCCAAAGGCGCCCCCUCCCGUGCGAGGGGCCCCCGCGCCAGACAUGCCCAAGGGCUGGCUGAUGGACAUUCGCUAUCGAGGGAGCGGCAAUCGCGUCGACAAGCUGUGGACGUCGCCGGAGGGGGUGCAGCUGCGCUCAAUCAAGGAGUGCGAGAGCUUCCUGCUGGGAAAGGCGCGCCGGCAGCCGGUGACCCCCGUAUUGAAGGGCAAGUUUGGGUGCCCCACGUGCGGACUCCGCUUUGCCGCCGCGCUCGACUUGGGCAACCACAUGGCGGCACAUUUGGAGCCAGCGCACAAGAGCGCCUCUCCAAAAAUGAAGAGCGAGGACGUUCCAGGUGUGGCGCUAGGGGUCAAGGAGCGGAUUGAGGAAGGGAGCGUGCUGCGGGGCGCAAAGAGCGAGGAUGACGAAGGAGGGGAGGGGCACGUGAGCGGGCGGACGGCGCGGUGGCUGCAGCGCGUGGGGCUGUGGAAGGGGCCCGAGACCGGCGAUACCCCGCGAGAUGUGGAGGAAUGUGCAGAGUCCGAUGAGAAGGCAUCCCACCUCGCCUGGCGCAACUUUGAGGCUCUGCUGCACGACCCCGCCAGCUGGUACGGUCUCGACCUGCUCUCCACCCCCCAGGCUUGUGCCGUCCAGCGGCUCAUCUGCGCACACGGCCGCGAGCGUGCGUGUGCCACGCUCCUCCAGCAGCGCCACCGCAUCACCGCUGACCUCAUCAACGCCCUCUACCGGCCCAUCUUGUCCGUGCUGCUAUUCAUCCUGGACGGGACGAAUGACAUCAGCGAGGGGAAGCUGGGGACUCUGGCCCUCAAGCGGCGGGUGUGCCGCGCUCUGGGGCUGAACCGCAAGGGGGGGGACAAUUUCCUCUCUCCGGAGACCCCCUCCCCGCCGGAGUCGCCCCCUCUGAACGCGCUGUCUGAGGAUGACGUCAGCAGGCCCCUGAAAGCUGACGUCAGCAAGCUCCCGGCGCUGAUGGAAGCAGAGCGGCCGAGGCGGUUGCACAGAGAAGCAGCACUGGCGCUUCCAGCGCCGGAGUGGGGGGGUGCACAUGAGGAGGGGUCGCCUCCCCCGAAGGAGGAGUGGGGGUUUUGUUCCAGGAAGGAGGAGCCUGUUCACAUUGACGCUGAGAGGGCACACCACAGGGAUGUGAAUGGGGCACAGCCAGGCGACGAGUCAGCGGUGGACGAAAAGCUGUCAACAUGGGAGUCAGAUGCGCUGGGGGUGCCCAAGUGUGAACUGGACGUGGUCGAGAGCCCACCUCCCCGGGUGACAAGGAAACGCACGCGCGUCGACACAAUCUGGCCCGAGGCGCUGACAGCACAGCUGAUGUCAGCGCACACGCAGGUUCCGGCGACGAUCGAGGCCCAAGUUGCGGCACUGAGCCCGAGGCAGGACCAGAGGGGUGCCGCUGCUGACUGGCACUCAGUGCGAGCGCAGCCCCCCGGAAAGUUGCGGUGGCUAGGGCCGAGGGCGCAUGCGGUUUGGGGGGGGCUGCCACACUCAGCUGAGCGUCCGAUCGCAGAGCGUCUGGCGAGCGGUUCUGUUUUGGGAGCUGCGGACCAGCCCUUGAUAGAUGGGGAUGUAAGGGACUUCCCGUCCAACUCUGGUGGGGGUGAGAAACCCUGCGGCGAGCACCCCUCCAGGAGAGAAGAUGAGCGGGGCGGCGAGGCGGCAGCGGCAGAGCUGCGGGCGCGGGCGGCAGCGCAGCGGAAUGAAGCGGAGGAGCUGCGGGAGAUGAUGGAACGGAAGCUGCGGCUGGCGGAUAGUUUGGAGGCGCAGGCGGCGGCGCUAGAGACCAAGUGCCACGUGGAUGGCGAGGGGAAAGAGCGUCCAGAUCUGCGGCGGGCUAAAUCCGCCGGUAUGUGUGCGGCAGAGGAGGGAAAGGGACGUUUGGACGUUGGGAAAGGGGAGCCGGACGUUUCAGGCUCCGGGAUGGCUGGCCUGGAUGACCAAAUGGCGGGUUCGGACGUAUGGAAGGUACGUGCGGACACGGGGAAAGCUGGUGCGGACGCCGAAAUGGCUGAGCUGGCGGGUCUGGAUGCUGAAUUGGCGAGCGCCAAAGCUGUUCGGACGUGUCCGGACGGUUUGGGGACACAACUGGAGGACGGGAGCCGGGGCAAGAUGGACGCUUUCUGCUUGGAUUCGGACACAUUGUGGAGGGAUGCGGACGCAACUGCCGGGGUUUCGGACGCGAAGGCAGCUCCUGAAGGGGGCUCGUGGGUGAAUGGCAGUGUCAGGAAAGUGAUGAUGGCUCAUGUGUGGAGUGGUUGGGGUUCGGAGGGUUUUAGCAAGAAGGGCUCUGCGGGGGACUUUGCUGGGGAGAGUGCGAAUGAUGAGGGAAUGGAGACGGAGCCCUGCUUUGAAGGGGCCCAAGAGAAGCGGUUGAGAGGCUUUCCUUCCUUGGGUGGGGUAUCGGACGAGAAGAGAGACGUUAGGGGCUUGGGAGCGAACUGUUGAGGAAUGGGUGCCGGCUUAAGGAGACCCUUGCAAGGAGUGAGAUCUUAUCUAGCGGCAAGUAGUAGGCCAAGUAUUAGGCCCUAUUAGGCACGUCGCUCCGGGCAGGGGAUUUUUGGCCUGAGAAGCGUCUGUACAGGUAUACAUCGAGUCUCUGCAGCAGCGGGCGUUUCAAAAGCGUGCUACUUUGGAUGGCUGUUGCUUUGGCGGGCUGCCAGCAGUUAGGUCAAGGCGUCUGGUUAAAAGACGUGAUGGAAGGUACUCCAACCGGGCAGUGAAAUGUGAGAAUAAUAGGGAACAAGGUGACGUGAUGGCCAUUUUUGUCGAUGCUAUGGGUAGGGUAGGUAUUGAGCAUGAAUCAAUUAGACUCUGCGUAAGCAGCAGUGUCGGGAGUGCUCUGAUCGAGUUAGUGACUAGAUCGUUUCUGUUUGAAGCAAGUCAAAUCUUGACGCUGAGCUGCGGAUGUCAGCUAAGGUGAGACAAAAUUUGUACUUAAAGAAAUGUAUACAUUCCUGGCUUGCAGUUCA